ACAGUGGGGGCAGCAUGGCUCCCAAAAAGAAGACAAACAAGGGAGACAAGGAGAAGAAAGGAGGCAAGAAGGAUCCAGGCGCAGCUGUCAAGACCACAGAGACGCCUUCAGUGGAGGAGAUGCGGGAGUUCUAUCUCAUCCAGAUUCGAGACCUGGAGGACAGGCUGGCCCGGUACCAGCGCAAGUCCGACGAGCUGGUCUCACAGGAGAGGCUGUCGCGCCAGGAGUUGGAGCAGCUGGCCAACAGCAAGAAGGAGAUUGUGGCCUUCCUGAAGCACACGCUCAACCAGCAGGUGGAUGAGAUCACCGACCUUAAGGAGCAGCUGCAGAACCUGCAGCUGGCCAAGGAGCUGGAGAAGGACGCCUUUGAGGCGCAGCUGGCCCAGGUGCGCCACGAGUUCCAGGAGAACAAGGACCAGCUGACCACGGAGAACAUCAUCCUCGCGGGAAAACUGGCCGCCCUGGAGGAGUUCCGGCUGCAGAAAGAGGAGCUCAUGGACAAGUUCAUGGCCCUGGAGGACCAGCUACAGAGGCAGGAGAGCGAGUACAAGGACUCCGUGUACAGCCUGGAGAAGAAGUCGGUGCUGGACAAGGACAGACUGAGGAAAGAGAUCAUCCAGCGCGUGAACCUGGUGGCUGCGGAGUUCCACAAGAUGGCCUCAGACCAGACCUGGGAAACAACAAAGCGAGCCAUCAUAGAGAACAACACCAUGACGCUGCAGCUGGCCAAGGUGUCCCAGCAAGGCGUGCAGCUGCUGCAGGAGAACGAGCAGCUCAAGGACACGCAGGUGGAGCUGCGCAAACAGCUGGGGGUGCUGGAGGGCACCCAGAAGGCCAUGGCCAGGAACAGCAAGGGCCACCAAAAGAUCAUCCUCAUGCUGACCGAGAAGUGCCGCGAGCAGGAGCAGGGCAUGGCCGAGGCCAAGCAGCUGCGUCACCUGCUGAACCAGCUGGAGCAGAGUGUCCUGCAGCUGCGGACAGACAACCAGGCUCUGCGGAGCCAGAGAGAUGAGCUGAACCACCUGCAACAGCAGCAGCAGGCUGAGGUACAACGACUACAGCAGGAGCUGUCGGAGGGGCAGAAGAUUCGAGCCAGCCUAGAGGGAACUCUGGCUGAGGCCAUCUUGUACGUACAGGGUAUUCUGCAGAUGCACAUGGAUGAAAAGGACAGCGACUCUGAUGUGGCUGUCCAGCUGCAGUGCAAGGGGCUGCUGCACCAACUGCUGGCCCUGUUCAGCUCUGCCGCAGUCCUAAACCCCCAGACGGCUGCACAUCCCUGCAGCAAGAAGCAGCCCCAUGGCCCGCCCAAGCAGAGCAGAACCCGCAUCCCGAUGCCCAAGGUGACAUCGCUCCUGCAGCUGUCUGGCACCACCACUUCCCAGCCAAGGCAUCUAGGCCUGGUGCCUCGCCAAGGGCACAUCCCACCCAACCCCCAGGACAUCAGGCUACUCUCUUUUGUCACCCGCAUGGGGACUCUCCGGGCACACAGCACUCCUGAGAUCUAUGCCUCCGGUGUGCUAAGAAGGCUCAAAAAGUUCAGUCUUCCCUGAAGUUUUCCUGCAUCCCAAGUAGCACCUGGUGAGACC